GCCAAUCACAAACUCACAUGAAGAGCGCCGAUGCUGGCUGUGGGUCGAGGAAAUAGCAAGCUAGCUCAGUCACCGUCCAUUUUGCACACAAGGACGCCAAAACAUUUGCGAGUGAAAGGGGAAUAACUUAAAGGUUGUGACCCCGGAGAAUACAGUGCAACAUUACAAUUCGUGAAACAUGAGUGGAGUGAACGUGAAGAAGCUCAAAGUAAAUGAGCUGAAAGAGGAGCUUCAGCGCCGAGGCCUCGAUACUCGUGGCUUGAAGGCGGAUCUCGUUGAUCGCUUACAAGCUGCACUAGAGGCCGAGGCUGCUGGUGUUGGGGGCGGGCCCCCGGCCGACGAGGGAGAUUAUGAUGUCGAAGGCGAGGCGGGAGCAGCCGAGUCUUAUCAAGAUGAAGAGUUUGAAGGGGAGGAGCAAGAUGAUGAGCCAGACCAACAGUCGGACGAGGAAGAGGAAGAGAACGGAGAACCGAUGGUCGGGCAACAAGGCGAAGAAAUCGACGAUGAUGAUGAUGACGACGAGAGUGCAGAUGGUGCACCUGAGGCCGCGCAUGGGAUGGCUGACUUCGCCUCGGAUGCCCUGGAGCCACUCAUGGGCGGGAAAUAUCAGAUGGGGCAAAAGUACAACCAGCAGGACCCAACACCAGCCCGCCAGCAGUAUGAAGAGCCAGAGGUAAAGGAAGAGGUCCAGGAACCCCAGAGAAAGAAGGCCUAUGAGGAGCCAGAGGAGGAACAAGAGGAGGAACCAGAGGAGGAACCAGAGGUGCAGCAGAGCCACACCGAGCAGCCCGGCAAGAAGCAGGACUACCAAGAGGCAGAUAUGCCAGAGCCGGAGCCCAUGAUCCAGAAGUCCGAGCCACAGGCAGAAGAGCCCGAGCCCAAGGAACAAACCGAAACAGCCCCCGAAGGUUUUGAGAUGAAAGACGAAGUCAAGAAAGAAGAAGGGGAUGAGCAACAACAACAGCAGGGCCAGGAUCAGGAGCAGCCAGCUGCAGAGCCUGGGAACGAGUGGCAAGCUAUGCAGGGCGACCAGGGAUCUCAGGCUAAAGGAGAGGACGACCGGUAUGGGUCCUACAACCGCAAAAGGCCAUACGAGGAGAACCGAGGUUAUGGCUAUUACGAGCAUCGGGAGGACAAGAGAGCACGUUCCCCUCAGCCACCGGCAGAGGAAGAGGAGGAAGACUUUGAUGAUACCCUUGCAGCCAUUGAUACCUACAACUGCGACCUGCACUUUAAGGUGUCUCGUGACCGAUACAGUGGAUACCCACUCACCAUUGAAGGCUUUGCCUACCUUUGGGCUGGGGCACGGACAUCCUAUGGAGUCAGCAAGGGCCGUGUCUGCUACGAGCUGAAGAUCAAUGAGGAGAUCUCUGUGAAGCACUUGCCGUCCAGCGAGCCUGACCCCCAUGUGGUUCGAGUGGGGUGGUCCAUGGACUCCUGCAGUACCCAGCUUGGCGAAGAGGCGUUCUCAUUUGGGUACGGUGGAACUGGAAAGAAAUCUUUAAAUUGCAAGUUUGAAGAUUAUGGAGAGAAGUUUGGUGAGAACGAUGUCAUCGGCUGCUACAUGGACUUUGAGACCGAUGGCGACGUGGAGAUGUCCUUCUCCAAGAACGGGAAGAUGCUGGGCGUGUGUUACCAGGUAACCCAGGAGGAGCUGGCCGGACGGCCGCUCUUCCCCCAUGUCCUCGUGAAGAACUGCGCCGUGGAGUUCAACUUCGGCCAGAAGGCCGAGCCUUUCUUCCCCCCGCCCGAGGGCUACACCUUCAUCCAACAGGUAGCUCUGGAGGACCGCAUCCGGGGAACCAUCGGGCCCGCGUCCAAGGCAGAGUGCGAGAUCCUGAUGAUGGUGGGCCUGCCAGGUGCAGGGAAGACCACUUGGGCGGCAAAGUACGCACUUGAGAACCCUGAGAAGAAGUUCAACAUGUUGGGCACCAAUGCUAUCAUGGAGAAGAUGAAGGUGAUGGGUCUGCGUCGCCAGAGGAAUUACUCGGGCCGCUGGGACGUGCUGAUCCAACAGGCCACGCAGUGCCUCAACAGGCUCAUCCAGAUCGCCGCCCGCAAGAAGCGCAACUACAUCCUGGACCAGACAAAUGUAUAUGGAUCAGCCCAGAGACGAAAAAUGCGUCCUUUUGAAGGUUUUCAACGCAAGGCUAUUGUAAUUUGUCCCACGGACGACGAUUUAAAAGAGCGAACGUUAAAGCGAACUGAUGAGGAAGGGAAGGAUGUGCCCGAUCAUGCUGUGUUAGAAAUGAAAGCCAACUUUGUGCUCCCGGACGCCGGCGAGUUCCUCGACGAGGUGCGCUACGUAGAGCUGCAGCGCGAGGAGGCCGAGACCCUCAUCAAGCAGUACAACGAGGAGGGCCGCAAGGCGGGCCCACCCCCCGACAAGCGCUUCGACAACCGGCCCGGCGGCUUCCGCGGCCGCGGGGGCUUCCAGCGCUUUGACAACCGCGGCGGUGGCGGCGGCGGCGGGCCCCAGGGAGGCCGGGGCAGCUACCAGAACAGGGGUGGACCCGGUGGAGGUGGUGGCUUCCGUGGAGGAUACAACCGCGGAGGCGGCGGCUACAACCAGAAUCGCUGGGGCAACAACUACCGAGAUGGAGGCUCCGGAGGACGUGGUAGCUACAACCGCAACCAGCAGUCUGGGGGUGGAGGAGGAGGAGGAGGAGGAGGAGGAGGAGGAGGAGGAGGAGGAGGCAGCGGCGGCGGCGGCGGCUACAACCACAACCGCCAGGGAUCCUACAACAAGGGCACCACUGCAAGCACUGGAGGUUAUAGUCAGGCCCAGCCACAGACCUACAAUCAAGGCUACAACCAAGGCAGCUACAACCAAGGCUACAACUAUGGCAGCUACAGCCAGUACCCUGGUUAUGGGCAGAGCUAUGGGCAGAGCUAUAGCCAAACUCCUGCAGCCACUGGACAGACAUACAACCAGCAGCAGAACUACAACCAGCAGUAUCAGCAGUAUGCGCAACAGUGGCAGCAGUAUUACCAGAACCAGAGUCAGUGGAACCAGUACUACAACCAGUACGGCAACUACGGUAACUACUCCAACCCGACGAGCACCCAAGGAACGCAGGGCUCCCAGCAGGGCACGCAGCAGCAGUAGGCAUCGCCCACGGCAACCCAGCGCCAAUCCCGCGCCAACCCCGCUGCCCUGUGUGGCAGCCCACCCACCCACCCGCCCGGCAGACGGCGCACAUUCCUACCGUGGCAUUCCGCCAUGCACCUCUGCCUUCCAACCACUUCGUUCAUGUCAGCUGUCGAUCCCCCCCACAUGUCUCUGUCCUUGAUUGAAAGAGAGAGAAAAAAAUAGUAAUUAAAGAAAAAGAAAUAAAAAUCUGUCGUUACAAGGUAAAGGCGUUUUAAUCCGUGCUGCUGUCCUAAGUUUUUUUUUUUUUUGUUUGGUUAUUUUUAUUAUUAUUAUUAUUAUUAUUAUUAUUUUGGUGACAGCAGGGUUCUGAUUGGUAUAGUAACAUUAAAUGCAAGUUAAUCAUCAUGCCUGUUCUAGCCUAUGCCGGAUCAUUUGAAAAUAGAACACAGUGAUAUGUGGUGUAGUUUUUGUUUUAAUAGUACACACUUCUAGAACACAGUUUAACAGGGAUUUCCACGCAUACAUUUUUGGUGUGUAUGUGUGUUUUAAAAGAUGGCUUAUUUUACUAUUUUAAUAAUUCACUGCCUCCUUGUUUUAUGUGAUCUGUCCUUAGAUCAAAGAUCCGCGUAUUUCAAAUGGGUGGAACUGGGGUUUUGUCAGACCAUUAUUUUCUUUAUGAAUGCAGCGUCAUGUAAGACCUUUGUCAAAAUGUAGAUACAUUUAACAAAUCUAUAUCGUUUCAACUAAAAUCUAAAGCUACAGAUCUUACCACAAUUUACUUUUGUACCAUUUUUAAAGGUGUUAAUAAUUGUUUGACUUCAAUCCCUUGUUGCGCCAUUGUUUUUUUUGUUUUGUUUUCAUUUGGUGUAGUGAUUUGUUUUGUGGUUGUAAACCUUUUUAUACCUUACAACAUGUCUGUCAAACGGUAUCUGCAUGUGAUUUUGUGCUCAUUCAGAACUUGAUGUUUUUGUAUUACAGAAUAUACCAUAAUCUGACAAA